GGUGAAACAACAUCAUGAAGUUCUUCGUAGUCUUUGCAGCAAUAACUAUUGCCAGUGUUCUUGGUGAAGAUGUAUACGAUACUUCGAAGUUUGGAAACGUCGAUAUCGACGCCAUAUUGCAAAACGAUCGUCUUCUUCAGAACCACUUCAACUGUUUGAUCGAUGGAAAAGGAUGCACUCCAGAAGGGGAAGAACUCAGAAAACAUAUACCAGAAAUUAUGGAGACAUGUUGUGCCAAAUGCUCAGAUAAACAGAAGGAAGAUGGCAAAAAAGUGACAGAGUUUCUUCUGCAGAAUAAACCAGAAAUUAUGAAGAAACUGUUAGAUAAAUAUGACCCCGAGAGAAAAUACAAGGAAAAAUGUGCCGAUCAUUUGAAAUCUCAAGGAAUAGAUCUCAGUGGUUUUUGAAAUAUGUGAAUAUAUGUAUAUUGGAAA